UCCUUCAUGAUUUUCUCCUGGUUAUGAUGUCUGGCCAACCCGUUACUGAUUACACUACAAUUCAGACUGACAAGGGGACCUCUUACCUCUGUACCAUCUGCCCACUUGCAAGAGGAGCUAAGGACUGGAGGGUUCAUUGUAAGAGUAAGACUCAUCAAUUGAACUUGGCCCGGAGGCAGGAACUUGAACACAUCUUGUCCACAAAUGAAGGUGGGAUGAUUCAACAUGAUGCAAAUCUUGAAGACUCAAAUGACAACCCAAAUCAAGAGUCAGAGGAAGACCAAGCCCAUAUGGAACGAGUUUGGUUACGUCUGGAAGACCUCUUGCACUAUCGGACUGAUUCUCUUCCUGAAAGGAUCAUUCGUACACUAGAUGAGGAGCUUGAUGAACUGGAAGCCCGGGUGCCUGUCAAUCGGACCCCUGAAGAUCAUGGUCAGGUUGCCAAUUGGGAGACCAUCCCUGAAGAUGAACUUGAAUCCAUUGAAUCAGAUGAGGACAAUCAUAUGGGUGUGGAGCCACCUCCCAUCAUCAGAGUUGAUAAGCGGUCUGAUAGGGUCAACACCUGUAAAUGGUACCCUUUCAAGAGCAAGCUUGUUGAGUAA